AAUGGGGAAAUGAGGGGAUGGAGGUUGGAUAUAACUCACAUGGGGAGGAAUGUUAGAAUAUAUGUACUGUGCAGCAGACAUACAUUUUAGGUUGAAAAGAGUGCCCCAGUCUGUGAAUAACAGGGUUGUGGAAAUUGUAAGGUACAAAGGUCUGGCCGGCUUAAAAAAAAUAUUUAAAAGUUUGCCAGUUGGACAACACACAGUUGUCUGUCUGUGUGCAUUCAUUGGGCGUGAGGGUGGUCGCAGCGCUUCACAACUAACGUAACGAGAUAUAAUAUUGUGACAUGUCUGCUUCGCGCAUAGGGCAAAUGUUGUCAUCCAAAAGUUUGCGCGUUAUAACCAGAGGAAAUUACCGUUUUUUCGGCAAUGGGGCACAAUACCCCGCCGGGCACCUCACCUCUGGUGUCCGCUCAGUGAUGAUCCCCUCUCCGCUGUCACCUUUCUCUUCCCAGAGUAGAGCACUUUCAGGAGUCAGUGAACCUCCGCGUGGACUUGUCCAAGAGAAAAUGACCGAGAAUGCAGUGUUCUCCCAGAACAAGGUUUUGACCAUCGACACCAUGAACCCCAAGGUGAAGAAUGUGGAGUAUGCCGUGCGCGGACCCAUUGUGCACCGCGCGGUGCAGAUCGAGAAGGAGCUGAGAGAGGGAGUGAAGAAGCCCUUCACUGAGGUCAUCAAGGCCAAUAUCGGUGACGCCCAUGCCAUGGGCCAGCAGCCAAUCACCUUCUUCCGCCAGGUCUUGGCACUCUGCUCCUAUCCGGAACUCUUGAAAGACAAUAUGUUUCCAGAGGAUGCCAAAAGCAGAGCGCGCCGCAUUCUGCAGGCUUGUGGAGGGAGUAGUUUGGGUGCGUACAGUGCCAGUCAGGGUAUAGACUGUGUGCGGCAGGACGUAGCUCGCUACAUCGAGCUUCGGGACGGGGGCGUGCCCUGUGACCCAGACAACGUCUACCUCACCACCGGCGCCAGUGACGGCAUCGUGACUAUGCUGAAGCUGUUGGUGUGUAGUGAGGGUGCGUCGAAGACAGGGGUGAUGAUCUCCAUCCCUCAGUACCCUCUGUACUCGGCUGCUCUGGCUGAGCUGGGCGCUGUGCAGGUCAACUACUACCUGAACGAGGAGAAGUGCUGGAGCAUGGACCUCAGUGAGCUGGAGCGCUCCCUAGCGGAGGCCAGGAAGCACUGCAACCCCAAAGUCCUCUGCAUCAUCAACCCUGGAAACCCCACUGGUCAGGUCCAGAGUAGACAGUGCAUUGAGGAUGUGAUCCGAUUCGCUGCUAAGGAGCAUCUCUUCCUGAUGGCUGAUGAGGUGUACCAGGAUAAUGUGUACGCGGAGGGUUGCCAGUUCCACUCCUUUAAGAAGGUGCUGUUUGAGUUGGGACCACAGUACUCGAACACUGUAGAACUGGUAUCUUUCCACUCCACCUCCAAGUGCUACAUGGGAGAGUGUGGUUUCCGUGGGGGUUACAUGGAGGUGAUCAACAUGGACCCAGAAGUGAAAGACCAGCUCACUAAGCUGGUGUCGGUCAGACUGUGUCCCCCUGUCCCUGGUCAGGCUCUAAUGGACCUGGUGGUCAACUCCCCACAGCCAGGAGAACCUUCCUAUACCACCUUCAUGAAGGAGGCUGAAACUUGGCCACAAGUGGAUCUUACAGCAAGACAAUAUCCCCAAGCACACAUUAAAAUCCACAAAUACAUUGUUAAUUGGACACAAAGUUUCCAUUUUGCAAAAGCCAUCUCAGUCUCCAGACUUGGAACCCAUUGAAAACCUGUGGUUUGAAUUGAAGAGGGCAGUCUAUAAUCGCAGACGAAGGAUAUCAAGGAUCUGGAAGGAUUCUGUAUGGGGGAAUGAGCUAAGAACAUUUUAGAAAAAGGCUCAGUGCUGUUAUCCUCGCAAGGUGAUGUAUUGGUAAUGUAUGAGAGUUCAUUUUUGAGGGGAAAAAAAACAUUACUUUAUGCUUUCUCUAGGCAAUUGUAUUUUUUUUGCGUACAAUAUACAGUACCAGUCAAAAAUUUGCACACACCUAGUCAUUCAAGGAUUUUGCUUUAUUUUUUAAAUAUUCUUUUUCUACAUUGUAGAAUAAUAGACAUCAAUACUAUGAAAUAACACAUAUCGAAUCAUGUAGUAACCCAAAAAGUGUUUAAUCUCAAAUAUAAAAUAUUGGGUCAUUGUUCUGUUGAAAAACAAAUGAUAGUCCCACUUAGCGCAAACCAGAUGGGAUGGCGUAUUGCUGCAGAAUGUUGUGGUAGCCAUGCUGGUUAAGUGUGCCUUGAAUUGGAAAUAAAUCACAGACAGUGUCACCAGCAAAGCAUCCCCACACCAUCACACCUCCUCCUCCAUGCUUCAUGGUGAGAACCACAUAUGCGGAGAUCAUCCAUUCACCUACUCUGCAUCUCACAAAGACACGACGGUUGGAACCAAAAAUCUCUCAUUUGGACUCAUCUGACCAAAGGACAGAUUUCCACCGGUCUAAUGUCCUUUGCUCGUGUUUCCCAAGAAAGUCUCUUCUUCUUACUGCUGUCCUUUAGUAGUGGUUUCUUUGCAGCAAUUCGACCAUGAAAACCUGAUUCACGCAGUCUCCUCUGAACAGUUGAUGUUGAGAUGUGUCUGUUACUUGAAAUCUGUGAAGCAUUUAUUUGGGCUGCAAUUUCUGAGGCUGGUAACUCUAAUAAACAAAUCCUCUGCAGCAGAGGUAACUCUGGGUCUUCCUUGCCUGUGGCGGUCCGCAUGAGAGCCAGUUUCAUCAUAGCGCUUGAUGGUUUUUGCGACUGCAUUUGAAGAAACUUUCAAAGUUCUUGUAAUGUUCCGGAUUGACUGACCUUCAUUGGGCUCCCGAGUGGUGCAGCGGUCUAAGGCACUGCAUCUCAGUGCAAGAGGCGUCACUACUGUACCUGGUUUGAAUCCAGGCUGUAUCACAUCCGGCCGUGAUUGGGAGUCCCAUAGGGCGGCGCACAAUUGGCCCAGUGUCGUCCAUGUUUGGGUGGAGUAGGCUGUCAUUGUAAAUAAGAAUUUGUUCUUAACUGACUUGCCUAGUUAAAGAAAGGUAAAGAAAUAAAAAAAAGGUCCUAAAGUAAUGAUGGACUUGCGUUUCUCUGUGCUUAUUUGAGCUGUUCUUGCAAUAAUAUGGACUUGGUCUUUUACCAAGUAGGGCUAUCUUCUGUAUACCACCCCUACCUUGUCACAAAACAAUUGAUUGGCUCAAAUGCAUUAAGAAGGAAAGAAAUUCCACAAAUCAACUUUUAACAAGGCACACCUGUUAAUUGAAAUACAUUCCAGGGUGACUACAUCAUGAAGCUGGUUUAAGAGAACGUCAAGAGUGUGCAAAGCUGUCAUCAAAGCGAAGGGUGGCUACUUUGAAGAAUCUCAAAUACAAAAUAUAUUUUGAUUUGUUUAACACUUUUUUGGUUACUACAUGAUUCCAUGUGUUAUUUCAUAGUGUUGAUGUGUUCACUAUAAUUCUACAAUGUAGAAAAUAGUACAAAUAAAGAAAAACCCUUGAAUGAGUAGGUGUGUUCAAACCUUUGACUAGUACUGUAGAUCAGUAUUUGACAGUAUAAAAUAAAUAAUUCAUUUUUGUUCAUCUUUGUGAAGGGUGUCAAUAAUUUCGGAUCUCACUGUAUGUGGCCCAUUCGCAAAAUCAAACACACACACACACACACACACACACACACGGUCUUCCCUGU